CUAGCUUCUCAAUAUGGCACUCAAGGCUUCAAAGGCGUCUUUCUCUCCCUGUUCCUAAGGCUUAGCUAUGCGUUAAGCGUGUGUGGAGGAUCUGAAGCAUCUCUUCAGUAUGACCAAUGCCAUCCAGGGCUUAACAAGGUUCGACAGGCACUAGACUAUGUUUUAGCUGAACUUUUACUGGUAAAUAAGCCUGCUCGGUCUUCCAUAAGCGAUGAACAAACGAAUGUUCCUGGGCUAGAUAGGUUUGAUAUUGAGCAGCCUAUCUUGGGCGUCUGUACCCUAAUUCAAGACAGUCAAGGAAACGAUAAAGAAGCAUACAAAUACAAGAUUGCUGAACCGACCGAGAGCAGCGGCUGUCUGGAUGACUAUGCUGAAUAUGCAUUUGUUGUCUGUGAGUGUGUAGACCGAAAUUCUGAGGAGGUGACGCUAUAUAUAGAUAUCAAAUUGAAAGGCCUGUAUGAUAUCUUGUAUAUGGUCCUGUACGGCGUUAAGGCUAUCAGCCUGGUAGAGGAUAAGCUAUCGAUUGAGCAAAAGUUCCUAUUCUAUUUCCUAUCAGAGUUGGACAAAUAUGCUGAAAAUUCGAACAACUCUGACUAUGAAUUUCUAUGUCAGUACCUCCGCUUGCUUAUAGACUAUCUUAAGCAAGUAUAUUCAGCCAUCUUGCAACGUCUUGAGUUAAUAUUGCAGUACGGUUAUAUUACUUACGAUCUUCUCUGGGCGCUUUUCAAACCGGGUUCCUAUGUUUUUAUAACUUGCUUUGGUACAAAAGAACCAUGGUGUGUUAUAUUUAACGCCGGGGAAGAGAUCAUACAGAACGAUGAGACCUGGUUCAACCUUAAAUGCUGA